AGGCUCUCAAACCAAGGCACAUAUACUGCCUUGCAAGAGCCGUGCUAGAGAUGCUGAAAUAUCUGCAGUAUGGCAAACUGUACUUUCAGUGGAAACUGUGGUACAGUAAUGACAAAAACAACAAGCACUAUGUGAAAGGCAUAACCUUUGGUCGACGAGGGAACAAACUAGAUUUAUAUUAUUCACCAAGCAUGGGCCAUUCUGAUACUGCUCCUGUACCGGUGGUUGUGUUUGUGUAUGGAGGUGCCUGGGGAUCAGGAGACCGCUCCAUUUACUGUCUGUUAGCCUUACAAAUAGCAAAAGAGCUUAAUGCCUCUGUAAUUUGUCCAGAUUAUUCCAUAUAUCCAAAGGGAAAUGUUUUAAAUAUGGUUCAAGACAUCAGUGACAGUUUGCUGUGGGUGAGAGAAAAGGGACAAACAUUCAACCUUGAUCAAGACAACAUAAUAUUAAUAGGUCAUUCAGCAGGGGCUCAUCUGUGUGCCCUUUCCACACUGUUUCUGGUGAACAAUGCAGAAGAGCUGUUCAUUGAGACCAACAUACAGAGAGAUCUUGUAUCUGCCAUUAAAGGAAUCAUAGAGUUCCUCCAGUGGCUUUGCUCCAUGGAACCAAUGACAUAGUUCCGGUGGAAUCAUCAGUGAAGUUCUCUGAGC